UCCUGGGUGCAUGGAUUCCCACGGUGAUGAAAACAAUGUAGGUAGACACGAGAAUGUAGCUUAUAAAAGCCCAAGAAGCUGCAAGCAAAGUAUCAUUCUUCACCAUGAUCUCCAAGCUCGCCCUUCUUCUUCUAAGCGUCGCCGUUGCCAGCGGUAACCCCGCGGCGGGCAAGCCAUGGCACUGGAAGUCACCCAAGCCGUUGGUCACUCCCAUCGGUCCCGUGAGGUCCUCUCGCAUCGUUGGCGGCCAUGAGGCGACGCCACACUCAUGGCCCCACCAGGUGGCUCUCUUCAUUGACAACAUGUACUUCUGCGGCGGCUCCCUCAUCUCCAACGAGUGGGUGCUGACUGCUGCUCAUUGCAUGGACGGUGCUGGCUUUGUGGAAGUGGUGAUGGGCGCCCACAACAUCCGACAGAAUGAAGCCUCGCAGGUGACACUGACCAGCACCAACUUCUUCACCCACGCAGAUUGGAACUACUUCAGCCUAAAGAAUGACAUCGCUCUUAUUAAGCUCCCAAGCGCUGUCUCCUUUAACAGCUACAUCCAGCCAGUAUCCCUCCCCUCGAGUGACGUGUCUGUGGGCACCAUCGUCACCCCGACUGGCUGGGGCAGGCCCUCUGACAGCUCCGGUGGAAUUUCUGACGUGCUGCGCGAAGUCGAUGUCCCCAUCAUGAGCAACUCAGACUGCAACGCAAUCUACGGCAUUGUGACUCCCGGAAACAUCUGCAUUGACAGCACCGGCGGCAUGGGCACGUGCAACGGUGACUCUGGCGGUCCCCUCAACCACGGCGGCAAGACCUACGGUAUCACCUCCUUUGGGUCCGCUGCUGGUUGCGAGAAGGGCUAUCCCGAUGCCUUCACCCGCGUGCACUACUUCCUGGACUGGAUCAAGAAGAACACUGGAGUCACCCCUUGAGCACCACGAGGUCAUCUGAGAUAGAAGAGGCGGCCAGCGAGUUUUGGAGAUCUGUUUAUUGCUAGUGUAGGAGCUCCAUUUCCUUUCUUGCCUCACCGCUGUGAUGUAGCAGCUGUCCGUAGAUAAUAACAUUCAAUAAAUUCUACGACAGUAUAAACGAG